AGGUACAGGUUCAGGAUGUCAUUCAGCACAUGGUUCUGGGGGGACGGUUUUUGUUCCUACACGCUGACUGGAACAAACCCCUUCAUCACACGGUUCUGGGGGGACGGUUUUUGUUCCUACACGCUGACUGGAACAAACCCCUUCAUCACACGGUUCUGGGGGGACGGUUUUUGUUCCUACACGCUGACUGGAACAAACCCCUUCAUCACACGGUUCUGGGGGGACGGUUUUUGUUCCUACACGCUGACUGGAACAAACCCCUUCAUCACACGGUUCUGGGGGGACGGUUUUUGUUCCUACACGCUGACUGGAACAAACCCCUUCAUCACACGGUUCUGGGGGGACGGUUUUUGUUCCUACACGCUGACUGGAACAAACCCCUUCAUCACACGGUUCUGGGGGGACGGUUUUUGUUCCUACACGCUGACUGGAACAAACCCCUUCAUCACACGGUUCUGGGGGGACGGUUUUUGUUCCUACACGCUGACUGGAACAAACCCCUUCAUCACACGGUUCUGGGGGGACGGUUUUUGUUCCUACACGCUGACUGGAACAAACCCCUUCAUCACACGGUUCUGGGGGGACGGUUUUUGUUCCUACACGCUGACUGGAACAAACCCCUUCAUCACACGGUUCUGGGGGGACGGUUUUUGUUCCUACACGCUGACUGGAACAAACUUCUUCAAUCUCAGCUCACAUUGUUUUUCGUACAUGAAGAACCUGGGACUGACACCAGGAACAACUGAACACGCUGACUUGUGUGAACAUACAGUGGCAGAGAUGACGCUCUGGAUUGUUUUAUUUGUAAUAUGUACUUCUUUAGAGCUCUCUAACUCUGCUAGAGUCAUGGAGUAUUACAGCCCGAGGAACUGUAAAGAGCUCAUGGACAAAUAUAAAACUAAUGAAGAUGGACUGUACCAUUUGACCACAGAGAGAGGGGUGGUGUACCAGACAUACUGUGAUAUGACCACUGAUGGAGGGGGCUGGACACUGGUGGCCAGUGUGCAUGAGAACAACAUGUAUGGCAAAUGCACAGUAGGGGACCGCUGGUCUAGCCAGCAAGGGAGUAACCCCAACCUCCCUGACGGAGAUGGAACAUGGGCCAACACAGUGACGUUUGGGACGGCUGAAGCUGCUACCAGUGACGACUAUAAGAAUCCUGGGUAUUAUGACAUCACAGCAGAAGAUGUGUCUGUGUGGCACGUUCCUAAUAAUGUUCUGCUACAAAACUGGUCCAUUGAUGCCUUCUUGUGUUACCACACUGACAACCACUUCCUCACCAAUCAUGGAGGAAACCUCUUCUACUUAUUCAAGAAGUUCCCAGUAAGGUCUAGAGCAGGGACUUGUCGUAUCAAUAACGGACCUUCUAUCCCAGUGGUGUACGAUACUGGAGAUGCAGCGUCUACCAGGAACCUUUAUGGUCCUAGUACAAGGGGAGAAUUUGAGCCUGGUUUCAUCACUUUCAGAGCCUGUAACCAGGAGAUGGCAGCUAUGGCAAUCUGCUCUGGAGUCAAAGCAACUGGCUGUAACACUGAACAUUACUGUAUUGGUGGAGGGGGCUUUUUCCCAGAAGGAGCGCCCAGACAGUGUGGAGAUUUCACUGCAUUUGACUGGGAUGGCUACGGGACAAACACAGGCUGGAGUGCCUCCAGAAAGAUCACAGAAGCUGCAGUGCUUCUUUUCUACCGCUGAGAGCCGACUCACCCCAACCCCACCUACACCUCCAUCUACUUAACCCAACUCACCUACACCUUCCAUUUCACUCUCCAUCAUCUACUUAACCCAACCCCAGCUACAACCUCCAUCUACUUAACCCAACUCACCUACACCAUUUCACUCUCCAUCAUCUACUUAACCCAACCCCAGCUACAACCUCCAUCUACUUAACCCAACUCACCUACACCUUCCAUUUCACGCUCCAUCAUCUACUUAACCCAACCCCACCUACAACCUCCAUCUACUUAACCCAACUCACCUACACCUUCCAUUUCACUCUCCAUCAUCUACUUAACCCAACCCCACCUACAACCUCCAUCUACUUAACCCAACUCACCUACACCUUCCAUUUCACUCUCCAUCAUCUACUUAACCCAACCCCACCUACACCUCCAUCAACUUAACCCAACUCACCUACACCUUCCAUUUCACUCUCCAUCAUCUACUUAACCCAACCCCACCUACAACCUCCAUCUACUUAACCCAACUCACCUACACCUUCCAUUUCACUCUCCAUCAUCUACUUAACCCAACCCCACCUACAACCUCCAUCUACUUAACCCAACUCACCUACACCUUCCAUUUCACUCUCCAUCAUCUACUUAACCCAACCCCACCUACACCUCCAUCUACUUAACCCAACUCACCUACACCUUCCAUUUCACUCUCCAUCAUCUACUUAACCCAACCCCACCUACACCUCCAUCUACUUAACCCAACUCACCUACACCUUCCAUUUCUCUCUCCAUCAUCUACUUAACCCAACCCCACCUACACCUCCAUCUACUUAACCCAACUCACCUACACCUUCCAUUUCUCUCUCCAUCAUCUACUUAACCCAACCCCACCUACAACCUCCAUCUACUUAACCCAACUCACCUACACCUUCCAUUUCACUCUCCAUCAUCUACUUAACCCAACCCCACCUACACCUCCAUCAACUUAACCCAACUCACCUACACCUUCCAUUUCUCUCUCCAUCAUCUACUUAACCCAACCCCACCUACAACCUCCAUCUACUUAUCCCAACUCACCUACACCUUCCAUUUCACUCUCCAUCAUCUACUUAACCCAACCCCACCUACAACUUCCGCUACUAAGUUAUUACCUCCUCAGCACAAGCAUAAUACACUGUGGAAGACUACUUGAACUAUGAAAAUUAGGACAAAAAUAACAUUUAUGCAAUAAAUGAGUUGUUUUAA